CGCCGCGCAGUUGAACUUGAGACAUCCAACAAGAUGGUUUGAAAUUUGUCGCUCUAUCAGUGACUCAAUAAUAAUAAAUUACAAAUCAACUGAAAAUAGUAAAUAAACAAUUAAAAAGUGUUUUGUUUUGAAAUAUUUUUGGAUUCGAGAACAAAGGAAAACAAUAACAAAAGACACAAUGGCUCCAACCGUAGACAAAAAUGCACUUCUCAGCGAACAUCAAAUCGGCUAUUAUCAUCAGACAUACACUCAUACCGAGAUGCAGUACUUAAAUCAAUCCAAGGCGAUGGCUGGUGUAAGACGUGUGAUAAUAUUUUGUCUUCUAACGUUCAUCGUACCUGCUAUUUUUAUCAUAUUGCCUUUGUACCUCAGACACAAUGUGUUUGCACCGAGCAUUCUGGCGUUGGCCGAGUCAGAUAUUGUCGAAGUGAAACAAGGCAUCAGCACCAUUUUCUGCGAAGAACAUCAUUUGCGGAUGAACACGAGCUUCAAUGCAUUUCAAUUGAACAAAAUUCCCCAAUUUUCCGACACACGUAAACACAUUCGGCUGAAGAAGUCGAUGACCCUGCCCGAUGACACGUUGGAAUAUUGGGGUUUUUACUUGUUACGAGGCGCCACCGUGGAGCUGCGAGCUUGUUCGCGUCACGAAGGCAGUCGAAUUUUGGUUGUGAAGGGCGAACGGAACUUGCGGACUUGCGGAUUGCUCGAACACAACAAAAACAAGGUCGGUUUGCACUACGCCAAGGGUCAAGGCGAAGUCAUUGUAACGUUCGAGAAAGCGGAAAUCAUUCCAAAUAGCGCGGAUCGCAACGAAACAGCAGCGCAGGAGCCUCCAAGUGAUCCGGAUGCCAAUUCGGGCGGUGAGGUGAUCGACGAUAGUGACGUCGUGGCAAAUCGGCGACACAGAAAACACCCCAAAGAGCUACAUACGAACGAUUUGGGCUCACAAUCGCAUAACGUGGAAGACGAACAGCCACAAACGACGCCAAGCAUGUCGCCAGUCACUCAUAAAAUUCGGCAUCAUCGCCAUCAUCAGCAGGAAAUCGUGCCGGAGCAAGUUGUUGACGAUGACACGGCAAAUAAACAACGAAAAAAGCGAGAUUUGGUGCUGAAUCGUGCGAUAAAUCACGGCGGCAAUGCAAUAAAUUACACUGAAAAGCCCAGUGACUCGGUUUCGAGUUUCGAAAAUAGUUUGUUGACAUGUUACGAUGGUCAAAUCCUGUUGGCGCAAUAUUUCCCGCCGUCAAGCGAUUGUCAUGAUGUCUCAUUUUUGGCUAAUAACACCCGAAUCGGUCGAAUGUCAACGAAACACGAAGUAGUUUCCGACGGAUUUUAUUACUACAUCUUCUACUCGGACAACGAUUUGUACCAAAAUGACAUCCACGCCGUCUUCGACAUCUACAAACCGACGUACGAGUACGCGAACAUCACAAAAUCCAAGAGUUGCAUCAACAGCACCGAGUGCAAAUUCCCCAUUAGCAUGUUCAGUGAGGAUAAAGUCAUCGUUGAGGUACCGACGCGUGAUGGUAUCGAGCACGAAGACGACGAUAUCACGCAAAUGUUGUCAAUUUGUGUGCCACGGUCCUCCGUUUAUCUAAUAUUUCCGAUUCUUGUGUUACUUUUUGUCCUAAGUUGUGCGUUUUUGUAAAAAUUAAGAGAUUAUUAGUGAGUUAAGAGACUUGUUGUUGUGGAAAAAAGCAACGAACAAAUUUUUUCUGUCAUAAAAAUCGUGAAUUCAGUAAAAGACUGAAGAAAGUUGGUACAAAAUACAUUUAAAAUGCACGAAAAUUGGUCAGUGAUCACAUAAAAAAGUCGAUUUUUCUAGCAAUAUUAAUACCAAAAAUUUUUACGUUAAAGCAAUUUUUACAGAUAUUAAAAAAAAAUCAUUGGAAAACAUAUAGAACCAAGUAGAGUAGAGAAAAAUUGCUCGUGCCAUAUUCAACGAGAUAUUUAAUUCGAAGACGUACUGGAAUUUAAUAAAUUUAGUGAAAUAUAUUGAAACUUACUAACAUUAGGUAGGAAAGGUUGAUUGAUUGAGCAAAAAAAAUAUUAUAAAUUAUUAGAAA